AUGAGGAGAGAUCAGAGAAGUCCAAAACAGGAUCCAAUUUUGAGUUCUCAAUAUGUUGUAUGCGAGGGAAGGUACAACUGCCGUUUUAAAGCACUUGAUCGGACACUUAGGAAUCUUAUGUCAGUUACUGAUCAACAUAAGACACAUCAACCAUUUGGUGGUAAGAUUGUUGUUCUAGGAGCUGAUUUCAGACAGAUACUUCCGGUGAUUUCGAAAGGAAGUAGACACGAUAUAUUAGCAUCCGCUAUUAACUCAUCCCAUCUGUGGUCAUUUUGUAAGGUUCUGAAACUGCAUACGAAUAUGAGGCUUCUAAUGUCUUCUUCGGAUCAAGAUGAAGGUGAAAUGAAGAUAUUUGCUAAUUGGAUACUUGAUGUUGGAAAUGGAAAUAUUGGCUCUGUUGUUGGUGAUGAAUCAGAAGUUGAAAUUCCAGAUGAUCUAUUGAUUACAACUACUGAUGAUCUUCUCUCUCAUUUGGUAGACUUUGCAUAUCUAAAUUUGUUGCAAAACAUGUCAGAUUACAAGUAUUUUCAGAGUAGAGCAAUUCUUGCACCCACACUUAAGAGUGUCGAGAAGGUAAACAAUUUUGUCUUGACAAUCUUUCCAGGGAUGGAAAAGGAGUAUUUGAGCUCUGACACAACAUGUCAAACUGAUGAGAAUGAAGAUGUAAAACAAGAGUGGUUCACACCAGAGUUUCUAAAUGACAUCAAAUGUUCGGGACUACUCAAUCACAAGUUGACUUUGAAGUCAGGAGUCGCUAUAAUGCUACUGCGAAACAUAGACCAGACUUUAGGUUUAUGCAACGGGACAAGAUUAAUAGUUAACAAACUUGGCAGCAACGUAAUUGGAGUGACGGUAGUGACCGGUAGAAAUAUUGGAGAUAAAGUGUACAUUCCAAGAAUGAACUUGAUCCCUUCAGAUUCAGGAUUGCCAUUUAAGUUCCAACAGAGACAAUUUUCAUUAAUAGUAUGCUUUGCAAUGACCAUUAACAUGAGUCAGAGUCAAUCAUUAUCACAUGUACGGCUUUAUUUGCCAAAAUCAGUGUUCACCCAUGGACAACUUUAUGUUGCUUUGUCAAGAGUUAAGAGUCGCAGUGGCCUCAAGAUUUUAAUUCUAAACGAAUACGGCAAUCCAAAGUCAUCAACAACAAAUGUCGUGUUCAAAGAGGUUUUUAAUAAUAUUUAG